AUGGCCGACGCAAAGCAACAAAUCAUGGACCAAGUCCGCCAACAAGCUGCGCUCGCGAAUGCAAGAUUGCUGGUAGAGAAGCUCAACGAACACUGCUUCGAGCGCUGCGUACCAAAACCUGGCUCGUCCUUAAGUUCCGGCGAGACGAGUUGCUACACGGCCUGCAUGGAGAAGUACAUGGCGAGCUGGAAUACCGUAUCGAAACAAUACCUCGGACACGUGCAGAAAGGUAUAGGAAGUGGACAAGGUGCUUUUGGGCUUUGA